CUCAUUUUCAUGCAUUCAAAAGAAACGAAAAAGUUUUAAAUUUGUAACAAAGUCUAUUCACCCGCCCUCUAGACUUUGUAUCUCACCAGUUUGGGACCACCAAUUGGUAUCAGAGCAAACUUCUCACUAUCUACAUUUAGAUUAACGAGAAGCGAUCAUAAUGGUGAACAAUAUGGAUCACGAUAUGCCCAUGUUUUCUCUUCUAGGUUAUGAUGAUUGGAAGAUCAUGAUGGAAGCACACCUUUAUGCUCUACAUGACUGCAUGUGGAUGGUGCUUGAAGAUGGACCCUUGAAAAUCCAAAUGGAGAAUCCUGAGAGGAAUUCAUCCAAUCCAGAUGUAGUCCAGUACAUUCCAAAGCCCAAGGAGAAAUGGGAUGAUAGAGAUUGCAAGAAGCACAAUCUGGAGAUUUGGCAAGAUCUUGGGAAGCUGUGUGAGGGAUCAGAGGAUCUAAGAAAGCUGAAGAUAGAAGUUCUGCUUGAGAAGUUCAAAAGCUUCAAAAUGCUUCCCGGAGAAUCAUUUGAUAUGUUGGAUGAAAGAUUCCACAAAAUUUUGAAUGAUCUUGCAUCACUUAACCACGUUCUCUCCCCCAAAGAAAAGAAUGUAAGGGUAUAUCUUCGCAAGACCAAUAUUGCUACUGCACUCGUGUUGGCUUUGUUGUUCCUUCGAAGGGUAUAUCUUCGCAAGACCAAUAUUGCUACUGCACUCGUGUUGGCUUUGUUGUUCCUUCGAAGGAAGCUUGGCCAUUGGAAGUCAGUAUGCCCGUACCCAAAAGUGGAGAAGUACGGAGAAAGAGAAAGGAACGAGAAGAAGAAGAAGGCAAUGGUUGCAGCUGAAAGUGACGAGUCAUCCAGCUCAAGCACGGAUGAAGAAGCUCUCGUCUGCAUGGAGCACAGAGCUGAGAAGUCAAACCAUGAGGAUCGGUGGACUAACAUACCAACAUCUGAAAGUCUUUUUGACAAGUUCAAAAAGAUGAUGAAAGAUUUUGAGGAAAUAUAUCUCAAACACUCAUCCAUAACAGAGGAGAACAAGCUGUUGAGUGAAAAGAAUCUCAAGUUGACUGAAGGUCGGAAGAGUCAACUAAGUGAGAUUACUCAACUCAAGGCUGAAAAUGAAUCUCUCUCUGAUAAGGUGAAAUCCCUUAACAAGGAGCUAGGGAUACUUAAGUCCAAAGAAGCAGUGGAUAAGCUUCUUGAAACGACCAAACAUAAGGGUCGCAAAGGACUUGGGUUUGACUCCUCUAGUUCUAAAAGGAAAGGGAAAACAACUUUCAUCCCUCCUAAACCUACUGCCAAACAAAAUAAGUCGAAAGGAAAGGAAAAGGAGAAACCAACAGAAGUUCCCAAAAAGAACGAUCUUCUCACUUCUUUUCACCAACCACCCGUAAUAAUUAUUAUGGAUAACCCAAGUGGUUAUUACGAUCCGCCUUCUUUCUACCAAUCACCCAACCGCCCUCCGUACCAAACCCAUUCACCUUACCACCCACAUAAGAACCCAUAUGAUGAUGACUACCAAGUCGACAAUGGGUCUGACUACUAUCCCUACCAUGAGGAACCACCAUGUGAUACCCCGUCUAGAAACUUUGGAUAUUCUCCAUACCAAAAUUUUGAUGGGGAUAAUUAUUAUGAACCUCAUGGAGAUAACAAUGACUAUGACCAAUAUGGGCCAAUGCACGACAAUCAAUCUGAUCCACUCGUCGAAGAAAUCAUAAGAUUAGAACAGAAGAUCUUCUAUUUCGACGAAGUUUCAUUUGCUGAAGGCUCCUGGUACGAACCACCUUACUGUCGUGACUACACCUUGUUUGCUGAAGAACAAAUUGAAGCAAACAAGGUGGCAAUUCGAGAAAGAGCAAAACUUCUUGAAUCAGUCCGGAAGGAAAAGGAAUUCGAAAGGAGAUUACACGAAGGAUCAAAAUUGAUGCAGAAAAUGAUGAAUGACUUCCAAAGAGAGAGACUAGAAGCUGAGGCUAAAGCUGAUAAAUUAGUCAAUGAUCUCUUUCUAGAAGAUUCACCCAGUUCUACAUCGUCACAAAAGCCCAAGAGCAUAACAACUCUUGCUGAGGCUACUGUGGUGAUGUUACCCGAAUACCCUCCAAGCCAAGUCUCAACCGGCACAGUCGUACAGAAGGUGGAACCAACUGAGGGACCUGACUCAGAACCACCUAUGCUUAUUCAAGAACAGAAGGAGGAGGAAGUUUUGCCUAUGGCAAUAAAUGACCAUAUCCUUAAUUGUGUUGAAGACACGCCUCCAGAGGAACAUGUUCUGGAGGAAAUGCCUCAUCGUCCUUCUUACCCUACUGUGGACCGUAAUGAGGUCCAACUGAUUGAUGCUGCUUCUAGGACGAGUUUGAUCACUGCUGAUACCACAUUUUCCUUCACUCUUGCGGGCCAGUCGUUUCAGUUGACAGUGAGAAAGAUGGGUGUUCGUCUCGGGAUCUACACCCAGGAGGAGACCGAGCAGCCUGAGUUCUACGACGAUCCCUUUUGUCUUCCCGCAGAUUUUGAUGCUAUAGCUUUCUGGAGGGAGCACUCAUCUGACGACAAGGAGUUUGUGAACAAGAAGACUCAAACAGAUGAUGCAGAGAGCCCAUUCAUGCAGCUCUACUUUGACUGGAGAGCUUGGAAGGAUGGAAACUCAGCACAACAGUUGUUGGGAUGGGACCAACAACUGAAAAAUGAGAAGAUAAUCAAGAAAUGUUUGGGUCUGCCAGUCAAUCAUUGCUGUGAGCAAAUUCUGGAUGUUGACUGGGUGUGGCAAAGAAACUAUGAAGAUUUGCAUCUGGAACACUUGGCCACCUCACCAGUCUUAGAAUUUGAAGUGGAUGAUAAGGAUCCUGCAGUCUACAGGCCAAUCUUUUCAAAGGCAACAGAAGAUCAGAUGGUACUCACCACUGAAGCACAAGCUGAUAUGGAAGCAACAACAGAGGACUUCCAAGUCUUUCCGGAAAACUUCCAUGCUUUUGAAACUGUUCUGCCUGAAGCUUCAGUAGAGAAUCUGGAGAAGUCCACUCCUCCAGAGACAACUGCAUAUAAAGCUCAAGAAAACCCAGCUGUAGAAGUCCAGAGGAGUUCUGCAGAAGCUGAAAUAGCCACACUGGAAGCCACUGAAACUCCAGUCGCUAUUUUUGAGCAACAAUUUGAAGAUGAAGAAAGAGAUUCCCUCUCCAGUGACAUCUCAAACUUUGUGAUUGAUGAGGAAGAGUCUGAAAAGACACUGAGGAUUGAUGAUGAAGAAGCUGAGCAAGGAGAUGCUGAAUCCCUCCCUAUGCAACUCUUCCACAAAGUACCUUCUUCACAUCAGGUAAUAAACUUUCACUUCCACAGCUCUUCCACAUCCACCCUUCCGGAUGAGAUUCCGGAAACCUGGACAAGAAAGGUCCAAGGGUUGAUUGAAUCGGCCCUAGAGUCUCAGCAUGCCUCUUUUAGGCAAGAGAUAGAACAAAUGGAAGUUAGGCAUAACAAGUUGAUAGAAAAAUCCGAAGAAAAACAUUGCUCAGAUCUCAAGGAGAUAAGCAAAUCGGUGGACAAGACUCUAGAGAUCAUUUCUCUUUUGAGUAACUCUAGGGAAGCAUUCAAGCUGUUCAGGCAUUUUGGGACCUACACUGGCAAACGCAAGCUAGAUGUAAUUGUCCAACACAAUAGUCCAUCCCUGAUUCCACAGCUUCCUAUUGAAGUCAAGAAAGGAGAACUCACAUACAUUCCAUCUCAUCUGAACAUGACGGAAUUAAUACUUGAAGCCCAGCAGAGCAAUCCGGAGAACUCAACGCAGCAUCUGACAGACACUGGUCUUGAUGGAACAGAAGCUAUAGGAACCAUUGCCUCUCACUUCUCAAAUGAUGCUCAAACUAAGGAAAGAUACAACAACCUCAGGCGCAUCAAAGAAGAGUGUGGAAUCAUGCAAGGCAUUGGUGAGACUGCCGGAUCAUCCAAGCACAAGAAGCAGUGAAGGCUCUUUUCAUCAAACCAGGGGGAAGUAUGUGAAAACAUUAUUUUGUUUUUAUGAAAACACCUUCUUGUUUAAACAUGAGUUUUGGUUUAAACAUUGCUUAAUACUUCUCUUAAUUAUGCUUAUUAUGCUUGAUCAUAUUCAUUCUAAGUAUAAUUUUUGAGCGCAUACAUUCAGGGGGAAUUUAAUUCAGGGGGAACUUAACUAUUUUUGGCUAACAAUUGUUUUUGGUAAUAAACUAUUGAUGAAUGC